CGCUAAGGUCAUCAGCACCUCCUUCAUCCCUCUCCUCAUGGAGACAACACUGGACCCAACGCGCUGAUCCUACCUCAAAGCGCUGCACCAUCUCUGCUCAGGAUGCGUGCGACUUCGUUUGCACUGACCAAUGUGCUGGGCAGCGUCUACGAGCGGGGACCUAUCUGCUUCACUCCUGAUGGCAGCACCUUGCUGAGCCCAACAGGCAAUCGUCUUACGCUGGUGAACCUGCAGACGCAAGCUUCGCGCACUUUGCCCGUCGAGCUGCGUCGCACCGUUGCCAAUAUCGCUCUCAAUCCGGCCAGGCCUUACAUUGCCAUCCUGAUCGACGUUGAUGGUCGCGCCGUCCUGGUCAACUUGUACGCAGGAGCGGGAGGAGGCGGCGUGGCCUUGGCCCACAUCAACUUUGGCGCGCCGGUCAGGGCAGUCAGAUUCACUCCCGAUGGCAAACAUUUGGCCGUGGCGCAUGGAAGUCAGAUCAAGGUGUGGCAGACUCCAAGCACGCUGACUCGCGAGUUCAGCCCCUUCGUGCUGCAUCGCACCUACACCGGGCACGAUGACGACGUGCUUAGCAUACAGUGGAGUCCUUCAGGCCAGUUCUUCCUCACCACUUCCAAGGAUCUCAGCGCUCGACUCUACUCUCUUGAUCCCAUUCCCUUCCCAUCUUUACCCGGCACCUCCACGAAUGGCAAGAGGCAGCCGACCAAAUUCAGACCCAAGACGUUUAGCGGGCAUCGCGCAUCUGUUCUCUCGGCGCACUGGAGCGCAGACGAGCGCACAAUCUACACCAUUGGCAAGGAUGGUUCGUGCUUCGUGUGGCGGAUCAAGCCCGAAGAAGAAUCAGAAGGCGAAGAUGAGGAAGAAGAUGCAGACAGUGAUGCCGACGGGAAGAAAAAUCGAGCUGGGCCAUCUACGGUCAGUCGGUCACACGACAGUCGCCUCGAAUUAGCCAGAGCACGAUGGGGCAUUGCGGAGCGACACUACUUCAACGCUCAGAGCGUCGGCGUCAAUUGUGCCGACUACCAUCCCGAGUCUUCUUUGCUCGUCGUGGGUUUUGUGACAGGCGUCUUUGGCUUGUACACCCUCGCCGAUGAAGGUGCAUGCACACCACUGCAUACCCUCAGCAUCAGCUCAGAAAAGGUCGCCGCUGUCACCUUCUCGCCCGAUGGAGCCUGGCUGGCGUUCGGAUGUGCAGGCCUUGGACAAUUGCUCGUGUGGGAAUGGGCCAGUGAAAGCUACAUUCUGAAACAGCAAGGUCACUAUGCGGAUGUCCGCUGCAUCGCCUACUCCAAUGACGGUCAAAUUGCCGCUACGGGCGGCGACGACGGCAAAGUGAAGCUCUGGAACACCACGAGUGGCUUCUGCACCGCGACGUUCACUGAGCAUUCUGCCACUGUUGCAGCUUUGGAAUUUGCGUCCAAAGGUCAAGUGCUCUUCAGUGCUAGCUUGGACGGCACCGUCAGAGCUUGGGACCUGCUGCGGUACCGAAACUUUCGCACCUUCACUAGUCCAGAGCCCGUCCAAUUCGGCUGCUUGGCCGUCGAGCCCAGCGGAGAGGUGGUUGCGGCAGGAGGCGGUGGAGCGGCUGCGGACAGUUUCGACAUUUUCACAUGGAACGUGCAGAGCGGCAAGAUUCUCGACGUCAUGGGUGGGCAUGACGGCCCAGUCGCUAGCUUGACCUUCUCACCUAGUGGCAGCGGUCAACUCAUCAGCGCUAGCUGGGACAAGACGCUCAAGGUAUGGGAGGCGUUCCGAGACGCCAGCGCAGACACUGUCGGUCUCACUGCCGAGGCGACAUGCGUCGCCUUCCGGCCAGAUGGAGGCGAGAUCUGCGUUGCUACAUUGGAUGGUCAGAUCAACUUUUUUGAUCCGAGAGACGGGGCAAAACAGCUUGGAAUACUUGAAUGCAGAAAAGACAUUGCGGCUGGAAGACGCCUCGAUGACAAAGUCACACGACAAGGCAAUGAAGGUGCCGCAUGCUUCACAAGCCUACACUACAGCGCCGACGGUCGGUGCGUCCUGGCCGGUGGAAACAGCAACUGGAUAUGUCUUUACGAUGUUCGAGAAAGAGUGUUGCUGAAGCGAUGGACAGUCUCCAAGGAUGUCGGUCUGGACAACACCCAAGACAGACUAGAUAGCCGACGACUCACCGCUGCUGGUCCACGAGAGCUCAUUGACGACAUUUCAGACGAGGAUGAACUGACUACAUUUGAGCGAUUAGACAAGUCGCUGCCUGGUGCUCAAAGAGGGGACAUGUCCAAGCGUACCACACGCAAAGCAGCGCGGAUCACGAGCGUCCGCUUCUCGCCCACUGGUAGAGCGUGGGCUGCUGCGAGCACUGUCGGAGUGCUCGUCUAUUCGCUUGACCCUCCAACCGCUGCUAUCGGUGUGGGAGCACAUGGUGGCGCAGCAGCAGCAUUCGAUCCCUUGGAUCUGGAUAUGGAGCUUACGCCCGCAUCCAUCAUUGCUGCUUGUGCAAGAGGUGAAUCUUUGGGUGCUCUGGUUGGCGCUCUCAGACUGGGCGAAGCGCCGCUGCUAGCCGAAGUGUACGAGAAAGUGCCCGUCAAAGAGGUUCCUCUAGUCGCUUCGCAACUACCUCAAGUGCACGUAGGAGCGGUGCUCAAGCUCGUAGCUCAGCAACUUCAUCCUCAAUCCAACUCUCCGCACGUAGAGUUUCAUCUGCGCUGGCUCGCUGCUCUCUUGACCACCCAUGGCGCAUUUGUUCGCAAGCGAGCCAAGGCGGAUCUGGCCCCUUCGCUGCGCCUUGUGGCUGCUUGCCUAUACGAGCUGCGCGCCAAUGUCAAACGCACUGCGGACGAGAACCUGUAUGCGCUGCUGCAUGUUUGGGAUGGUAUGCAGAGGAAGGGAGCCGAUCAGGCCUGAUGGCCGACCUUCUAGGAAAUUGAGCCGCUUUUCGUUCACUCAGUCGAAACGCCAGCGUGGAUACGAACCUUUGCCUUCGUGUCCUGCUAGCCGGCCUCACAAGCCAAUGUGUAUUCUAUAAAUGCGUUUACCAGCACUGUAAUACAAUAUACACAGC